AUGUUCAUAAUUACCGCGCGAUCCCCAUUUGGCGUAUGCGCGACACCCCGCUACGUUCGGCUUAUCGCCUCUACGAACUGCAUCUUGCUGACCGGGUGGGAUAUAAAAGAUAUUCCAGAUCCGAAAGACCCGGAUCCGCUCCGGUAUGCAAUGAUUGCCUCCAUUGUUGAGGAGCUCCAUGAGGCAAUGAAUUGGAGGCUGAGUCUCGGAUUACGGCGAAAUAAAGAGCAUGUGUAUCGUGAGACCAACGAUGCCUCAUGGCCCCCGUUCUCACCACAGGAGCUGCCGAAAUGGACGGCAAAAGUGCCACCAAUGGACAAAGAUUUAUUAAGGCAGUCUGUGCCCCCCGAAAGCCUAGAUGCCGAAGGGAACUUGGUACUCGAGAAAGGUGGCAAAGGUCCCAAUUUCUUGAAGCGUAAUAUUAUUACCAACACAGGCUGGCUUUACACCAUUUAA